GAGUUGAGUGGAAAUGACGACAAUGUCCUUGUUGCUUUUUGCAUAUUGCCAUAUAUAGGUGUCGUUUUGUGACACACUCUUCUUCUCCACUGAGACCUCCACUCUUGUGCAGUCACAGACCAGUUGAUCCUCCAAACCCUAACACCUCCUCUCUCUCUCUCUCUCUCUCUCUCUCAGAUGGGCCAUUGCAUGAAAAGGACUCUGUCUUUGAAGCAGCCGCCGAUUUUGGCUCAGUCCAAACCCUCCUCCUAUUCGUCGAAACCGAACAACUUCCGCUUCCUAUACUCCAAGAAGCUCGGCGCCCUACCGUCGCUCAGCCUCCGGUCAUGGCCGCAGUCGCAGAGUCAUCGUCCGAGUUGCCGAGUCAACUCGGUUCGGAGCGAGUCGUUGUCCGACGGCGGCGUGGCGGAGAAGAAAGAAGAAGCGAAGGCGGCGAAGGCGCCGGGGAAGGUGGGGAAGAGGACGGACUUGAAGAAGAUUAUGAUACUGGGCGCCGGGCCGAUUGUGAUCGGGCAAGCUUGCGAGUUCGAUUACUCGGGGACUCAAGCUUGUAAAGCUUUGAAGGAGGAAGGAUACGAGGUCGUUUUGAUCAAUUCCAACCCGGCUACGAUCAUGACCGACCCGGAUUUGGCCGAUAGGACCUACAUUACGCCGAUGACUCCGGAAUUGGUGGAGCAGGUGCUUGAAAAGGAGCGGCCGGACGCUCUUUUGCCGACCAUGGGAGGCCAGACGGCGUUGAACCUGGCGGUGGCGUUGGCCGAAAGCGGUGUGCUGGAGAAGUAUGGUGUGGAGUUGAUUGGAGCUAAGCUGGAGGCCAUUAAGAAAGCUGAGGAUAGAGAGCUGUUCAAGCAGGCGAUGAAGAACAUUGGGGUUGAAACGCCGCCGUCUGGAAUUGCCAACACCUUGGAGGAAUGUGUGGAAAUUGCGAAAGAGAUUGGUGAGUUUCCCUUGAUCAUUAGGCCAGCUUUUACGUUGGGAGGGACGGGAGGUGGUAUUGCAUAUAAUAAGGAGGAAUUUGAGACUAUUUGUAAGGCCGGGCUGGCGGCGAGUUUGACCUCUCAGGUUUUGGUGGAGAAGUCACUGUUAGGGUGGAAGGAAUAUGAGCUUGAGGUGAUGAGGGACUUGGCAGAUAAUGUUGUUAUUAUUUGCUCCAUUGAGAAUAUGGACCCGAUGGGGGUUCAUACGGGAGACUCUAUCACCGUGGCGCCUGCUCAGACUUUAACUGAUAAGGAGUAUCAGCGGCUGAGGGACUAUUCGAUAGCUAUAAUAAGAGAGAUUGGAGUGGAAUGUGGUGGUUCUAAUGUGCAGUUUGCUGUGAAUCCUCAAGACGGGGAGGUUAUGGUGAUUGAGAUGAAUCCAAGGGUGUCACGGUCCUCGGCUCUGGCAUCCAAAGCAACUGGUUUUCCGAUAGCGAAAAUGGCUGCUAGGUUGUCAGUUGGAUAUUCCUUGGAUCAAAUUCCCAAUGACAUUACAAAGAAGACACCGGCUAGUUUUGAGCCUUCCAUAGACUAUGUGGUAACAAAGAUUCCCCGGUUUGCUUUUGAAAAGUUUCCUGGUUCAGAGCCAAUACUGACGACCCAGAUGAAAUCUGUCGGUGAGUCAAUGGCACUAGGGCGUACAUUUCAAGAAUCCUUUCAGAAAGCAGUUCGGUCUUUGGAAUGUGGUUUCUCUGGAUGGGGCUGUGGGAAAAUUAAGGAACUAGACUGGGAUUGGGAGCAAUUGAAAUAUAGUCUCCGAGUCCCUAACCCAGAUCGUAUCCAUGCUGUGUAUGCUGCAAUGAAGAAGGGAAUGAAGAUAGAUGAAAUUCAUGAGCUGAGUUUCAUUGACAAAUGGUUCCUCACACAGCUUAAAGAAUUGGUGGAUGUAGAGCAAUUCCUCCUGGCUAGAAACUUGUCUGAUCUAACAAAGGAUGACUUCUAUGAAGUGAAAAGAAGAGGCUUUAGUGACAAACAAAUAGCUUUUGCCACUAAAUCCUCUGAAAAUGAAGUGCGGUUGAAGAGAUUAUCAUUGGGUGUCACUCCAGCAUAUAAGCGGGUAGAUACGUGUGCCGCAGAGUUUGAGGCCAAUACUCCUUAUAUGUACUCGUCUUAUGACUUUGAGUGUGAAUCCGCUCCCACCCAAAAAAAGAAGGUUUUGAUUUUAGGUGGAGGACCAAAUCGAAUUGGUCAGGGUAUUGAAUUUGACUACUGCUGUUGCCAUACAUCCUUUGCCCUUCAGAAAGCAGGAUAUGAGACAAUCAUGAUGAAUUCAAAUCCUGAAACAGUAUCUACUGAUUAUGACACAAGUGACCGUUUAUAUUUUGAGCCCCUGACUGUUGAAGAUGUGCUGAACAUAAUUGAUUUGGAAAGACCUGAUGGGAUCAUUGUGCAGUUUGGAGGUCAAACACCUCUGAAGCUAGCACUUCCCCUCCAGCGGUAUUUAGAUGAAAACAAGCCUAGAUGUGCAAGUGGUGCUGGACAUGUUCGCAUUUGGGGUACCACACCUGACUCCAUAGAUGCUGCUGAGGACAGGGAAAAGUUCAAUGCAAUUCUGAACGAGUUAAAGAUUGAACAGCCAAAAGGAGGAAUUGCCAAGAGUGAAGCAGAUGCUCUUGCCAUUGCCACAAACAUUGGCUACCCUGUUGUUGUCCGACCCUCCUAUGUAUUGGGCGGCCGUGCCAUGGAGAUAGUAUAUAGUGAUGAAAAACUUGUGACCUACCUAGAAACUGCUGUUGAGGUGGACCCGGAACGUCCUGUAUUGAUUGACAGGUAUCUAUCCGAUGCCAUUGAGAUUGAUGUUGAUGCACUUGCUGACUCUCAUGGGAAUGUCGUCAUUGGUGGGAUAAUGGAGCACAUCGAGCAGGCUGGGGUCCAUUCUGGUGAUUCUGCUUGCUCGAUUCCGACAAAAACCAUCCCAGAGUCUUGCUUGAAUACAAUCAGGUCAUGGACUAUAAAAUUGGCUAAGAGGCUGAAUGUAUGUGGGCUGAUGAACUGUCAGUAUGCAAUUACAAUGUCUGGAGAUGUUUAUUUACUCGAGGCAAAUCCUCGUGCUUCCCGUACGGUCCCUUUUGUGUCCAAGGCAAUUGGACAUCCGUUGGCUAAAUAUGCUUCCCUGGUUAUGUCUGGGAAGUCUCUUCAUGAUCUUGGUUUCACAAAAGAAGUCAUUCCUGCACAUAUGUCAGUGAAAGAAGCUGUUCUUCCAUUUGAGAAGUUCCAAGGUUGUGAUGUAUUGCUUGGGCCUGAGAUGCGUAGCACUGGUGAGGUGAUGGGUAUUGAUUUUGAGUUUCCAAUUGCAUUUGCCAAGGCUCAGAUUGCUGCUGGGCAGGCGCUACCACUUUCAGGCACUGUGUUUUUGAGCUUAAAUGACUUGACCAAACCCCAUCUUGAGAGAAUUGCAAAGGCAUUUUUAGGCCUUGGAUUUAAGAUUGUUUCAACUGCAGGAACAGCUCAUGUUCUUGAACUAGCGAAAAUUCCGGUGGAACGAGUGCUGAAGCUACAUGAGGGGAGGCCUAAUGCUGGUGACACGGUUGCUAAUGGGCAAAUCCAGUUGAUGGUGAUUACAAGUUCUGGUGAUGCACUCGAUCAGAUUGAUGGACGGCAGCUAAGGAGGACGGCCCUUGCUUACAAGAUUCCAGUGAUAACAACAGUUGCUGGAGCUUUGGCAACUGCAGAAGCAAUAAAGAGCUUAAAGACCAGCUCCAUUAAGAUGAUUGCACUUCAGGACUUCUUUGAUGACGAGAAUAAAGCUGUCAGUGAUAAAAAGUUGCAGUCUUCCUCUGUCUCUCUGUAAGAAAACCUGGAUUUUGUGGUAAGACACUUGGGCUUCCUCAAAAUCUUAUUUAUUUUGUUUCUAAGUUGUGUAUCGAUAGUGUUCUCUGGAUCAAGUUUUUCAUCAAGUUAUUAGUUUUUAGCACAAUUUUGCUAGUUUUCCUCCCAGUUUGCUUAAGCUUAUGAUGCAAAAUAUGGGUAGCUAUUUGUAGGAUCUUUCUGAGGCGUUGACUUGUGUAACAUAGAAUGAGUUCAGUGUUGGGUUUUUCUUGGCGUAGUUCAGUGGUGGUACAAUUAGACAACAUUGUUACUGUAUUCUCUUGUGCACAGACAUGUACUUAUCCAAACUGCUUUACAGCACAGUUGAAUAAUCAGAGAGCUUCUGCAUUAAUGAAAAAGUGAGUAUCCUAUUGUGUACCAAA